AUGCAUCGACGUCGGGGACCGAACUUUACCUAUGUCAGUGGAUGCGUGAAAUAUAUGAUUUUUGUUUUGAAUUUUAUAUUUUGGUUAUUUGGUGGACUCAUGAUAGCUAUUGGACUCUACGCAUUCAUUGACAAAUGGCAGGCGACUGGAUUAAUAAAGCUGGACACGAUAUACGAUGUAAUGCUAAACAUCAGCCUCCUGAUCGCAUUGCUGGGUGGCGUCGUGUUCAUCGUGAGCUUCGCGGGUUGCGUCGGCGCGUUGCGGGAGAACACAUGUCUCCUCAAAUUCUACUCUCUAUGUCUCCUGAUCCUCUUUCUGGUUGAGAUGGGAGGUGCAGUGUGUGGCUUCGUGUUUCCUCGGUCUCUUCACGGAUUGCUCGAGCUGAGCUUCACGGAGCGAAUAGUCCACGCGUAUAGAGACGAUCCCGAUCUCCAGAACUUCAUUGAUUUCGCGCAGAGCGACUUUCACUGCUGUGGUCUUACAUCGGACGGGUAUAUGGACUGGUCGAAAAAUGAAUACUUCAACUGCUCCUCACCAUCCGUGGAGAGGUGUGGGGUUCCGUUCUCGUGCUGCAUCAACGCCACAGACAUAUCAUCCGGCCUAGUCAAUAUUAUGUGCGGAUACGGCGUCCAAAAUUCACCAGUCGCCGAAGCAAGCAAACGCGUUUGGACGAGCGGCUGUAUCGAGAUAGUUCGCUCGUGGGCCGAACGCAACCUGUACAUGAUUGCGUCGGUGGCUUUAGGAGUAGCGUUGUCGCAACUUUUCGUUAUAUAUCUCGCUAAGACCUUGGAGGGACAGAUUGAGCUACAAAAAGCAAGGUGGCAAACAUGA